AUGAGUCCAACCAAUCACAAGCAGUACGAUGCCAAGCUCCUCACCAUGCCUUAUUCUUAUCCCGCCCCCACCUACCACUCGCCAGGGUUCAGCACGGGUCACCAAGCCGGCAUUACCGAGGUGAUCGGGCUGACCAAGCUGCGCACCAAGUACAAGCAAUGCGAGGCGAAGCCCCUUAACAUGCCCUAUUUUCCCUCCCUCCCUCCCCACACCACCUUUGAAACUCCCCAGGGUUCAGCCGGCAUCACCAAGGUGAUCGGCCUCACCAAGCUGCGCACCAAGUACAAGCAGUACGAGGCGAAGCGGCAACUGCUCGGUUCGUACGACCUCUUCCUGGCCGAUAUUGACAUCAUCCACCAGCUGCCCCCCCUUAUUGGCACAAAGUUCUUCAAGAAGAAGAAGCACCCCAUCCCUGUGAAGCUCCGGGGGAAGGAGUGGGCGAAGAGUGUGCGAGAGGCGUGUGACAGCACGUACUUGUAUGUGAGUGGGGGCCCAUCCAUGAGCGUGCGGGCGGCGAGGUUCGGCAUGAGCGAAGCGGAGAUUGUGGGGAAUGUGAUGGCGGUGGUGGCGGGGGCGGUGGAGCAUGUGCCGAAGAAAUGGAAGAAUGAGGUUGUCGACUUGAAGGGCGCCCGUGCUGCCAAGUGCCAUACUCUGCUGCCAAGUCAACACUGUUUUUUGCUGCAGAUCAAGUGGGGUGUGGCAUUGUUAAGUUUGCAAUUGAUGUAG